AUGGUCCAUUCUUGGAUCAUCAACACAAUUGACCCAGAAAUCACCGACAGCGUCAUCUACUAUCCUACCGCUCAUGAAGUAUGGGAAGAUCUUCGUGAGCGAUUCUCUCAAGGUAACGCACCACGAAUUUUUGAGAUUCAGCGAGAAAUCGCUUGUCUCCGACAAGAACAGAUGUCAGUCUCAGCCUACUAUACAAAAUUGAAGGGCCUAUGGGAUGAGUUAGCUACCUAUUCAGAGGUAUCUCGUGGACCACAAGCAAAACAACAAAGACUCAUGCAGUUUCUAAUGGGAUUAAAUGAUACUUACAGUUCUGUUCGCGGACAAAUUCUCCUGAUGAUUCCUUUGCCCACGGUUCGUCAAGCAUAUGCAGCGGUCGCUCAGGAUGAGAAACAACGCUCUCUUUGUGCUUCUCAUCCCAUUGCAGAUUCAUCCUCAAGCGCAGCAAUGGCCGUGCGCAAUUCAGGGAGACCCAAUUCCACUUUAGGAAGAGGAGGACGUUUUGAGGGAGUCGACCGACACAACCACCGUCCAGACGGCAAUUUUGUGCCUCAGGAUGGACGCCGUGGUAACACAGACCGGCGUCAAGGCUCACGCAAAGGAAGAUCACAUUGUACCUAUUGUGGAGAUCCGGGUCACUGGGUACAGACUUGUUAUCAAUUAAUUGGCUAUCCCCAGGUCAUCCUAAAGCCAAACAGGGCACCGGUUUUUAGAAGCCAUUAA